GGUGAAAUAAAGAGCCGUCCUGUGGACACCAUGAAGGUCGUCCUUCCUCCGGAGAGGCCAAAGGUCAAGGUCGUCGUUGAGGAGCAGGUCGAUCGGACCGAGCUAAAGCUCCUCCUCUUCCCUGCUCAGAUCCAGAAGAUUAGCAAUCUUAUAUCCCUCAUGGCUCAUCAGAGGGAUGUAAUCACCAGAUUUGAAAAGAAGCAGGAUGAGACUGGCAAGCUUGCUGACUGCUUUGAAUGGAAGAGCCAGCUUAGAUACAACUGGGAUGAAAGCAGCAAUAACUUGAAAGUCAAGCUCCUUGAUGCAGAGUUUGACUAUGGGUUUGAAUACCAAGGAUCAGCAGCACGUCUAGCCUUCCUUCCAGGCACAGAGAAGAUGUAUUACAGCAUGGCUAGUACCAUAAAGAGUCAUACAGCAGCCAUGUGUGUUGGCUCAAAUUUGAGUGGACGAGUGGAAUCAGCGAGAGAGCUUAGUCGUAUUGUAGGUCAACCUCUGUAUGUCUUCAACUGUACAAAGACAAUGGAUGUUCUUAUGUUGGUUGAUAUCUUCAGGGGACUAGCAUCAACAGGUUCUUGGGUGUGUUUCAACAACCUUGCUCACAUCGUCCCAGGAGCCCUGAGUGUCCUCUGUGAGCUCCUCCAGACAUACCUUGAAGCACUCCGUGCCAAGCGCCCUCACAUCACCUACGCUGCACUUGGAGAAGAGAUCGCCCUCAACCCAUUGGGGGCAUGCUUCGCAACCCUGGACAGCGCCCUCGAUGCUCCGUCCAUGUCCAACAUUGACCGUCACCUUGUGUUGAACUCUACAAUGUCCAUGCUUCCGUCUGAUCUUACCGGACUGUUUAGGACCGUGUCCAUCACCAGUCCUGAUUUCAGGAUUAGUAUGGAGAUCAUUCUUCUCUCUCAAGGCUUCAGACAGGCUGCAGAGCUAUCUUCAAGACUAGCUUCAUUGAGAGAGAUGUACAUCAAGAUCAUUCCAAUGGGUCUUACUGUUAACAAUGAUAACAAACUCAGGAAUGCAGCAUAUGAAGGCCCUCAUGGCUGGAGCAUUCGUAACAUGAGGAAUAUCAUCACUGAAGCUGGUAUUCUAUUGGAUGAACUACAGGCUAAUUACAUGGAAGAAGAAUAUCAAACAGCUUUGGCUGAGUUGGUAAGCAUUGAGAAUAGAGACCCUCUACAGCUUGUAGCAGAGGAGGAGCAGUCAGAAGAGAAAGAAGACGAAAAACAAACUGAAAAGGGAAGUUUUGAGUUACCUGAAACACUGGCCAAGUAUGAGAUUGAAGCCAUUGUCAGUGCUCUGAGGAACACCUUCAUGCCUCGUCUCCAUGGCAGUGAUGCUGAUAUGUUUGUUACCAUGGUAACGGAUGUCUUCCCGGACACACCAGUGGACAUGGGCUUUGGAGGUGUCGAUCCUUCCGUUGGCAAGAAAUCUGAUGUGAUAAGUUUGAAUACCCCAGUAGUAUCAACCCAAGGACCCAGUAAGGUCAUUCAGAGCUAUCUACCAACCACAGGAGGAGAGAAACAAUACCUUGACGACAUCAACUCGGCCAUCGCCGUGGCAACCAAUGAGCUAGGCUUGCUUCCAGGCACCUCGUUCCAAGCUCGUGUUGCUCAGCUGUGUCAGCUCACCAAUACACAUCAAACGGUGAGUUUCAUUGAUUUAGAGGACACUGUUUUAUAUGAAUAUUCUCAACUGCAAGUAAUUAUAACCGGACCACCAGGCUGUGGUAAAAGUGAAUGCAUCAAGACUUUAAUGUCGGCUCAGAGGGAGAUUGGAAAGAUUGUGACCUCUCAUAGGAUCUUCCUUCAAGCUGUUGAGUCUGUGGAGCUUCUUGGUAGCGCUGAUCCAGAAACUAAGGAGUGGCGUGAUGGUCUGUUCAUCGCAUUGCUUCGUAAGCUAUGUCUUAUCCCUAAGGCAGACUUCAGUCAGACUAAACCACAUAUGAAAGCUAUGCAUCUAGAUGGAGAGAUCAAUGCCACUCAGAUGGAAAUCUUGAGUUCUCUCUUUGAUCACGAUGGUAUUCUGGUUCUUGCCAAUAAUGAACGUGUUCAUAUACCAGAUAAUUUCUCAAUCUUCUGGGAGAUUGAGAGUGUGGACCAUCUUAGUCCUGGCCUAAUCUCCCGAGUAGGCCUGCUCUCCAUGGAUCGGUCUGACGUCAGCUGGGCCCUGCUCCUGACCGCCUGGUUAGACCGGCGCCCUGAGAAGGACCAGGAGAUCCUAAAGGUCCUAACAGACAUGUAUCUUGGUCCUACCAUGGAGUACCUGGACCUGUGUCUAAGACCAGCUGUCAUGACGACCAGUAAACAAAGAAAGAGGCCUAAGAUGAAGAGGAUUGUAGAUACAAGUGAAAGCAACAUGGUUCUUACUUUCUGUGCCAUCUUAGAUGCCAUCAUUGCUCAGAAUACAGAGCUUAGUGAUGAGCAGUAUGAGCGCUAUGUCAACUUUGCUGCAGUCUGGGCAUUCGGUGGGACGCUGGAAGAGAAACAUCGCUCUACCUUCAGCCACUGGUGGCGCUCUAAAUGGGAGAAACGUGAGAUUUAUCCUGAAGAGGGCGAGGUCUUUGAUUAUUUUGUAGACAGUGAGAGCGGUGAGAUGGUGAUGUGGUCUGAGGCUGUACCACCUUACAGUAUGCCACCACACGAGGGCAUCCCACUAGAUGCUUUCGUCCACACUGUCACAACUGAGCAAAUCUCCUACCUACUUGGACUAUUGUCUGAUGCUGGUAAGCCAGUAAUGUUGGUUGGUGAAGCUGGCUGCGGUAAGACUGCAAUCGUUAAUGAUCGGAUCCGUACUGUCUGCUCUGGGGAGGUGGCUGAAGUUCUAUCUCUCACUGUCACUGCUAAUAGGUUCACCACAAGUCGUGUCCUCUGGCAGCGGUUAGAGGAAAGGCUUGAAUGGCGUCAUGGUCGUACCUAUGUACCAAAGGGAAAUAAGAAACUUAUGUGCCUUGUGGAUGAUCUUAACCUGGCUUAUGUUGACCAGUUCAACCACCAAUCAGCUUCAGCCAUGGUCCGACAGCACCUGGACUCGGGUGGAUUCUAUGAACCGGACACUCAUCGGAUGCGAGAGGUCAAGAAUGUGACCUAUGUGACAACGGUCAAUCCCUUGACCCCUGCCAGUGUUCCAUCCCUUAGUCAGAGGCUUGUCAGACAUUUUGCGGUACUUGGCAUGCCAUACCCAAAGAAUGCAGAGGUUCAUAAUAUCUUCACCACUCUGCUUCAUACUCACUUCCUGACACCAGCUACAACAUCAUCUAAUGCUAACAGAGAUCAUAAGAAGCAGCACAUGAUUGAUAAAGAAGAGGAGAAAUUGAGGGCGCUAAUCUCAAUGAUGGUGAACGUAACGAUUGAAGUACAGGAGAGGAUGAGGAGUAUGUUCCUAGCAACGGCCGAGAGAUGUCAUUAUAUCUUCUCUCUUAGGGAUAUGAGAAGACUCUUUCAGAACAUCUGUCUGUCCUUAAGACCUGGUACUAACCCAGACAACCUCCUGUUGCUAUGGCGACAUGAGUGUGAGUGGGUGUAUGGUCAGCGGCUGGUCAGUCCAGUUGACUUUGACCGUUACCAGCUGGCUUUCGUGACAGCUGCACGCAAGGAAUUCACCUCAGAAGAACCGUCUGAAGCAUAUAGCCCAGGCCGUAAUGCACGUUGCAUUAUGAAAGGAGAAAAAGUGCUCCAGCUAACCAUCACUCCCGACCAGCCCCUCUUCAGCAACCUGGUCCAGCAGGACUCUGGUAUAGUCACCGCCGGUGGGUACCGUAGCUCACAGCAGGCUACCAGCAGCACCACAGGAUCAGAAGUAGAGAAUACAGACCAGUACCAACCAUGCUCUGAGGUCGCCAGUGUUCAGAGACUACUUCAGGAUGCAGUAGAGGAAUACAAUAAAGGACAUCCCAAGAUAAAACUAACAUUGUAUAAGGAAACAAUUCAGCGUGUAUGUCGUCUCGCUCGUAUGAUAAUGUCUCCCCAUGAGGUAGGCCACGCCCUCCUGGUAGCCGACGGCAACCCUGGAUUGAGUAACCUGUUUGCCCGUCUUGCAGCAAGCCUAUGUGGGUUUAGUGUGUCAGAGAUCAGCGCUGCACCUGAGGCAUCCUCUAGGAACUAUAAGAUUGAUCAGUUCAAGGCUGAUCUUGUGGCUAUGUACACCAAGGCUGGAGUCAAGGGUGAGAAGAUACUUCUGCUUCUGACUGAAGAGGAUCUCCAUGAGGAAGAUUUCUUGGUUUAUGUUGGUGAGUUUGUUGUGACUGGAGCCAUCACUCAUCUUUUCUCAAGUGAGGAACAGACGACUAUCAUCAAUUCCAUACGUACUGAGGUCACUGCAGCAGGUCUCACCUACACUAGGGAGACAGCAUGGAACUUCUUCCUCAAGACUGUGAGGAACAACUUCCGAGUGGUUUUGAUCUCUGCUGAUACCGGUCAUGAUUUCCAGCGGAGGUGUAGAGAGUAUCCUGCCUUGACGGAACAUCUGAACUGUUACUGGUAUCAACACUGGACUAGAGAGAGACUAGUUGACCAUGCUAUGACCUAUUUACAAGGUACUGAAGGCAUGAACAACAUCCAACAAGAGAACCUUGCUCAUCUUCUAGCCACAAUGCAUCUUGCUAUAAGACAGUUAGAUGGAGAAGAGAAAGGACCAGGGAGAUACAAACAUCUUACUAAUACUACAUAUGAGAAGUUUGUAGAGAGGUUUCUAUCAAUGUACAAGCAGAGACAGGCCAAAAUUCAUGAGGAACAUCUGACGGUCACCAAGGCUCUCCAUCAUAUCAACAGAGAGAACAAACUAGCCAUGAGACUACAGAAGCAACUAGAACAUGAACUUAUUGUGCUGGAAGAAAGGAAAGAUGGGACCAUCAAGCUUCUGUCACAGAUCGGUCAAGACAAGGCCAUUGCUGGUCAACAGGUCAAGAUAGUCAUGAAGCAGCUGGACAGUCUCCUCAAGCUCAAACAAGCCCUUCCUAAGUAUACCCUCGCACACGAGAGGGCGGUCUACAAGACUGUAGCAGUGGUUGCGGACACCAAGAAGGUCGUCCAGACGUUGGACGUGACGAGUCUAGGGGAGCUUAGAGGGAUGCAUAAACCUGAUGUAGAUAUUGAAGAUCUACUAGCUUCCAUCAUUAUGAUUUUGAAAUCUCCUGCAUCUGACCUGACCUGGAGCAAAGGAGCAAAGCGUCAGAUGGCAAACAUUGAAAGAUUCCUUGAAGAACUUGCUUCCUUUGAUGAUUCUGAGCUUCCUGAGUCUACCCUGAACCUAGUGGAACCAUACCUCAAGAAGUCCUCCUUCCAGGCCAAGAACAUGCUGAGAAAGAAUGCUGCUGCUGCCUCACUGUGUAAUUGGGUCAGAGGGGUCUGCAGGUACCAUCGUCUGAUGAUCUCCAAGGUCAAGCCGCUUCACAAGAAGGUUGAAGAGACAAGGGUAGCAAUUGAGGAAGCGGAGCACAAGCUCUCUAUGCUGGAGAAUAAGAAGAAGGCAUUAGAAGAGAGACUCCUGGACCUGGCCCUGAGCUUUGAGAGUGCCACGGUGGACAAAAAUGACCAGGAAGAUUUGUCAAGGAAGAUGACCAAACAACUGGAUACUGCUAAUAGAUUCAGACAUAUCCUUGCUAUGGAGCACCAGCACUGCAUCCAGAUCUGUCAAUCCCUUCCUCAACGAGAGUUUGCAAUCUCUGGAGCCAUUGCAAUGGCAGCAGCCUUCGCUACUUACCUUGGACCUUACGAUCCCAAGUUCCGUCGUUCCGUCCUGACAGUUCAUUGGCCGCUGUGUCUCCAAGAAAGAGGUGUUCCUUUGGUAAUUGAUGCCAUAGAUCCAAUGAAAGGUUGGAUUGUUGAAUGGGCUAUCCACACUUCACCCAAGACCAGAGCAAACACCGGUAUGGAGAGUGCCAUCCCACCCCUGGACCUCGGCCAGCGGGACAGCGAUGGAACACCAGCACAACGACAAGAAGAUGAAGCCAAGACACCGAUCAACGAACGAGUGACUGAGAAUGAAGGAGAGGUGGAGGAUGAAGGAAAGGAAGAAGAUGGAGAGAAGGAAAGAGAAGAUGAAGGAGGAGAAGAAGAUAGGAAGAGCCAAGAAAUGAAGGAGAAGGAAGAGGAGAUGAAUGCUCUGCUAUCUCAGACACAAGAAGCCCAAGAGACUCCACGCAAUGAGCAGCCGACGGGAGAGGAACCUCAACGAGGGGUGACAGCAAUGAGUGGCAUUGCAGAGAGCCAGCACGCUUACGACGUUGAUGCAUUCCCUCAGAUAGGCAGUGCUGAGUACCAGAGAUAUGUACAAUCACUCAUCAAGCUCUUAGUAGGAGAGAAGAGUGUACAUGAUUGGGGAACUAAAGGCCUGAGCUUGAGGCAAAUGGAGAAUCUUGCCAUUCAGAAGUCGUCAUGGCAACGACCUCCAUACCUGAUUGACCCUGAUAUGGAGGGCGUACGUUGGUUACGGAGAAUGAUCUAUCAACAUCGCCUCGUUAAUAUUGAUAUGCAGACAAGAUGGAGACAUCAACAAAUACAUGUGUACUCUAAAGACACAUUUGAAUUCCAUGUGGAAAAUAAGCUUGGGUUCGACCCAUCCAUGGUUGUGCGUAUAGAGAAGGCCAUUCUUGGAGGACGCCCUCUAUUGAUGAUGAACAGUGUAGAUAGUGUUGAUUCCAUGUCUGCACCUCUCAUCCACCAUGCUAACCAUGGAACUGAAGAGGGCGGUAGUGGAGAUGCACGACUCAUCAAAUACUGCGGACGCAGAUUGCUCGGCCAUGAGAACUUCCGUGUCACCAUAGCAACCACCAACAUGUACCCAAACCUCAGCGCCAGAACAGCGUCAGCAACGACCCUUGUGAACUACAACGCAUCACCUGAGAUGUUACGAGAAGAGCUCCUUGAUAGAGCCUUUGCUAGGGUCAUGCCAAUGCUGUAUCUUGAGAAGAAGAAGGUCUUAAGAGCCAUUCAGCAGCACAAAGAGACCUUACAGUUUCUUGAAGACAAACUCCUCCAGGUUCUUGAAGGAGAAGUCUCAUCCCAGGAGAUCACCAGCCACACGGAGUACGUCUCCUCCAUCGUCGAUCACAAGGAGACAGUCUUCACCCGUCUGGAGGCAGCGGAACAGGCCCUGUCCCAGCUGGAGCGCAUCCGCGACCAGCUGUCACCGGUGUCCAAGAGAGGUGCGAUGCUGUAUUCCGUGGUGCAGAGCCUACAGGGGAUGCAGAGGGAGUACAGGGUGUCAUUGCCGAUGUUCCUCUGGAUGUUUGAUCAAGCCGUAGGGGAUGAGCUUCCUCCAGAGGUGGCGCAGGAAGAGGACUGGCAUGAUGCUGAUACCGGUAGUGAUGAUGAAGAUGAUCCUCAUCAUGGUAAAGUGGUGAUUCCACCCAGAUUAGGAAGCGCUUCAACACGGAUCUCUGAGAAGAAGAUUACCAUGGGGGAUGGUGGAGAAGGGCAGGAGACAGGAGGGGAAUCAGGCGUAGAGGAUGAUGAGGAAGGUGCUGUUGGACCUGCCGGUGUAUCAGUCCCAGAUAUAGUCAUUCCUGAUGUACCUACGUUCCCAUCAGGAGGUAUGGAGUAUACCAAUCUAUCUGCUAAUCAAGUCAAACAGCUCGUUGACUGCCUUACGCAGACAGUCUUCCAGAAUGUCAGACAGAGCCUAUAUGAUGAGCACCGCCUCCUUUUUGCAACUCUACUAUGCAUUAACAUACAAUAUGAAACAACCAACAUAUUCUCUGAAGAAGAGUUAGCUCUACUUCUACAAGGUCGUUUGCCCUCGGCUAAACUCAACACUCUCCUGAGUGACUUUUGCAAUUUGCACUUACAAUCACGAAUUAAAACAGGAAACCCUGGACUGGGGACCAUGGAGUUGACUCUCCUUGACUUUGGAUGCGAUGCCCCGCCCCCAGCUUUCCUACCACCUGAUAAAUGGGAGGAUAUCCUAGCCAUCUCUGUGCUACCUGGUCCAUUGGAUUCCCUAUGUAUUCAGGUAGCUGAGAUGCCUGAUAGAUGGGAAGAAUGGUAUCAAUCAUCAGAACCUGAAAGACUAGCCCUACCGCUCAGGCCAAAUACAGGUGAAGAGCGUCCAGUUGAUGAACAAGGUCAGACCUCGCCCCAGAGCAGUCCAGACCUCGGUGGCCUCAACGAAUUCCACCAGCUCAUCCUCCUGCGUCUUCUCCGCCCUGAUCGGUUCCCAGCAGCAGCCUCCCGGUACGUCCAUCGUCACCUGACCUGCGUGAAGCCCCUACCGUCUGCGGUGGGAAGCAUCCUGGGUAGUGCUGUCCGUUCCCUUGCUGUCAUGGUCCUGAUGCCACCUUCACCAGCAGCAGGGAAUAAGAGGUUACCUAGUGAACUCAAGUCUAACACAAGACCAGUUGAUAUACUACACACAUAUGCACAGAAAAAGAGCAUUGCUUAUGAGCGAAUUGCCAUCAACGAAGGCACGGAGCAGCAGGUUGCCAUGGCGAUAGAUGCAAUCGCUGAUAAGGAUGGUUGGUUGGUGAUUGAGGACCUUCAUCUAGCCUCUGAUCGUUUUCUCUCUCAUCUCAAAGGUCAACUUAUUAGAGUUGGUAAUACAGGAGGUCCAUUGGGACUCAACCCCAUUGCAGUCAACAACCAAUCACGUUUCUGCAUCUGGUUGACCUCUGAACCCUCGGGUCGUCUUCCUGAUGACCUCCUCCAGUCCGUCCGUGUCAUCUCCUGGGAUGUGAUAGGUCCUCAUCUCUUGAAUGAACAGGAUGGUCCAGCUAACAUGGAGGUAGUAACGCUCUCUCAGGAUGACAUACUUAAAACAGCUACUAUCGCAGCCUUGAAAUCAGUUGAUCCAUCCUUCUGGCAAGCCCUGACUGAUCAGAGCACAGCGGUACGAGGCGUUGCGUACGGAGCAUGUGUCAUCCAUGCAGUCCUCUACGCUCGUCAGAUGUACGGUGCGAGAGGUCUGUCGCAGUACCAAGCCUUUAGUAAGGUCCAGGUCAAUCACAGUCUGGAGGUCAUCAUGGGGUCAAAGUUCAAGGAAGAAGGAGGUCAGACUGGGAAUGAUAGUCUGAAAGAGCUUUGUGGACUCGUCUCUGGGGUUGUCUAUGGGAACAUGCUGACCGACCCCUGGGAUGGUCUCUAUCUCUCUACCAUUGUCAAUCACAUCUUCACUGCCACCAGUCGGUCUGGUAGCCAGCUGGUCCUAGGCUCUGUUACCGUGCCAACCCCUCCAGCUAACGUGGAUGCUACGGACUAUGCUGGAUGGUUGGAGGAGAAAUGGGAUGAGGAGGUCGGGACCACGGAAGCUUUGAGUCUGGAUGAUGGGGUCAAGAAGCUCGUCAACAAAGCAAGUGGUCUUGAUUUCCUGACCUACCUUGACAAUCUCUAUGAGAUCCAGCAUUCUGGUCCUCGAGGAACCUCAACCAUCCCAUCCCAACCACAGUUCAACUCCACCAAGAUAUCCAAUGCCAUCGACUCCAUCACUGAGAGGCUGCCCUCUAUAGUUGACCUUGGAGAACUUCCAAUACACAUCGUCAAUGAGGCAGAGAAGUACACGUUCCCGUACCAUGCGCCCUCGUUGAUGAGUUUGUUGAGCGUGGCGAGCGUUGAGAUGCCUCAGAGCAUUGGUUUUGUGCUUCUUCAGGAAUGUCACUGGUAUAACUCCUUACUGUGUCAUGUUCGUCAAAGCCUUCAUGAGGUUGAAUGCUGUAUGCUACAAGGUCAAUACGCCAUGAAACCGUCCAUCAGACACCUAGCUAUGGCUCUCCAACAGGACGCUGUACCAGCUACGUGGGUACAUCCUAAUAGACAACCUAGUGGGCAUACUCUCAUCUCAUGGGUGGGAGACCUGAAGAGACGUCAUGACCAAAUGCAGGCAUGGAUCAAAGAGGGAAAAGUGCCCCGCUCUGCUCCGGAUAUUGUUCCGAUCCAGACCGAACCGAGGGGUCAUCUUCUGUCCAUCUGGAUGGGAGGGUUGGUCAACCCAACGGCCGUUAUCACUUCACUGAGACAGGAGAAGGCCGCCCUCGCUGGGUGUCUUGUAUCAGAGGUUGGUAUCUCUUGUGAGGUAUCUCGUUCUCUGAAUGAAGAUAGUUUUGACAUCAUUCAUCCUGGAGGGAUGUAUAUCAGAGAUGUUUAUCUUGAUGGAGCUACCUGGGACCUUGAACAUGGCUGCCUAGCCCCAGCAAGCUCAUCCCUCUCAGCAAUACCUAGUAUGUACAUCAGACCAAUCAUCAUUGAUCAAGAACCAGAAACAGCAAGGAGUUCUGAAUCCAACACAGACCAAGCUAGUCAACAUGAACCAUCUCCAGCAGGAGAGAAUACGGAUGAUGAUAAACAGCGCCCUCAACUGGGUGUCUAUCAGUGUCCAGUAUUCUUGAAUCAAUCAAGACAGGUUUGUGUAUUCACCUUUGACCUUGCUUGUCCGCUUCCUGUAGAGCAAUGGACUAUGGCAGGAACGGCUCUCAUCCUAGAUCCAGAAGCACCAGAGAAUGGCGCCAGGAAGUGGCCUCAGCCUUCCAUGCAACACUCGGUGAGGACCAUAGAGGAAGCAGCUGUGAAGCAGAGUGAUGACGGAACCAGCGAAAGGGGACCACCAUCCCAAGCGUCACGCCGCUCUAUCGGGAGCAAACCUGGUAGCGCCACCGGACUCCGGCUUGGUUCAGGGUCCAGGCAUUCCGCGAUGAGCCGACCGUCCAACAGCAGGCAGUCAGUGAGGUCAGACAAGAAGGUUACCAUCGAGGAGAAAGAGGAAGAAGAAGAGAAGAAGCAGGAUACCGUCUUGGAAGAAGAGGAAGAGGAAGCAGUAAUGGAGGCAGAUGAUGACUUUGAGUUGGAAGAAAAUGUUGAACUGAUGAUGACUGCACGGUCCAUUGAGCAGGAAAGACAGCGUCAUAAGACGUCUACUUUUGAUUACAGAAAUCUCACAAGUUCUCUGAACGAUAGCAAGAACGCUGACCCCGAUGAGCAGGAUGAGCUUGAUAAUGAGAAUGCUAAUAAUGAUCCAGGUGAGGCAGACUAUGGGGACGAUUAUGAUGGAGCAAGUGAGAGGUCAUCUACCAGGAGUUCUCAUCAUUCUUCAAGGGCAUCAAGUGCUUCUGCAAAGGAUGUUAGGAGAUUCUCCGAUGAAGAGGAUGAUAAGAAGUAUUCUGAUGGUGAGGACGAAGGAAAGAAGGAGCCUGAGAAAGGGGAAAAUGACUUCUUUGAAACAGCAUCUCAGAAGAGUGGACAAUCAAGACACAGUGCAACAUCCCAAAGAAGCAAAAGGUCUGACCAUAAGGACAGGUCUGGUGAGGAAGAACGUAACUCACCAUAUGGUAGCCAGAAUGGGUCAAGACAUAGUGUCAAACCAAAGGAUGACGUGAGUGGUUCAAGGACAAGCAUCCAGUCAAGGAAAUCUACCAAGGAUGAUGACACAGCCUCAAGAAAGAGCCUUAAAGCUGCUGAAGAUGUGUAUGCUUCAGACAAAGGGUCAAGGAGAAGUGGGAGUGGUGGAUCCAGGAAGAGUUUACCUAAAACCACUAAGGAUCGGGCAUCAUCGGCAGAGUCAAGCAAAUCUGAAGGAAGAGAUUCAGUUGAUAGCGAUGGCAGUCCAAACCAAGGCAAGGAACUCCAACCCCGACCUCCAAGCAGUGGCUCCAGGAAGUCCGGCCGGCCAGGAAGCACUAGCUCCAGGAGAUCCGUCAGGUCAGCUGGAUCAGUCAAGUCUGGCCAGGAUGACGACGAGGAAAGGGACAAGUUUCCUACCAAUGGAGAUGCCUCAAAGGACAAGAAAGAUCAUCAUAGCUCUAAGGAGUCUCUGAACUUCUUUGAACAAGCCAUUGAAGCAAUUGUUGGGGAUGGGAGCAGCGAUGAAGAAGGCAAGACAAGAUCUAAGGAUGUGAAGUCUGCUGCUAGCCAUGGUAGGGCAAGCAGUCAGGGUAGGGCAAGUAGCCAAGGGAGAGGAGUGUCAGCAAGUAGAGCCUCUGAUCAAAGAAGUGUCUUUAACAAGGAUGACCCAAACUAUUAAGGUAUGCCCAUACUUUGUAUUGUUUGCAUUAUUUACCUCAUCGGUCAGGAUGCAGACAAAGCUAACCUUGCAGAAACCAAAGGACCAAACUGUGGAGAAUUGGCAUUAAAUAAAAAAAAAACCUUCGUUUACAUUUAUUGCUUUAAGACCAGAGUUGAUGAUUUAAUCAAAUCUUUAAGUGAUUUUAAUAUGUUGGUACAAAAUUAGAAGAAUGUAUACAACUAUGCAAUGUUUGGUGAUUGUAUAUAACUUCCAGGCCCUGCUGUUUAAAAUGUGGGCCAAGCUACAAGUGGCAUCACCUUGGUGUUCAUGGUAUGACAAUACUUGGCAAGGAUUGGAUCCCGAGAACACGAAUUGUAUGUGAAAAGCUGUUCAUACAGUUACAGUCAAGAGCUUGGUGCUCUAGUGAGUAACACAGCAGAAGCAAUUGAAAAACAAGAAUUCAGUCCAGUAGAGAUAGAGUUAUAUGUAUGUUAUGAUACUAUAAGAAAGAUGAAAGAUGUAAUGACUUAUAUUUGUAAAUUUGACUACAAUCUAUUUCUGUGUUACUGAUAUGUGUUUUAAUAGAUAAUGGAUGUGUGUUUAAGAAAUAUUAUGACAGAAUCGUGUAAAUAUUGUACCACUACAUAACUAAACCUUGAUUUUAUAUUGGUGAUAAAGUGCAAAUUUUCUUUUGUUUAUAAAAAUGUACAUGACAAGGAGUCUAUGCAAUGUAGGCUCCUAGCUGUAACAAGUAGUUGUGCAUACUAGAAGUCUACUUUGCAUUGCAUGCUAUUUUCUACCUGGUUGGUGUUUCAUAAAGCUUUUCGUAAGUUAAGAGCGACUUUAAGAACUAGUGAUCCUUUCUUGUAAUAAAUUGUAUAUUCAUUGGCGAUGGUUUAGCCGUAAUAAAGGAUCACCAGUCGUUCUUUGAGUCGCUCUUAACUUACGAACAGCUUUAUGAAACGGCCCCCUGUGUAUUCAUUAUAUAUAGAAUGCAGUGGAAAAUUCAAUUAACAAGAACAUGUAUAUAUAUGUCUAGAGAUGGCCCUUCUGAUAUUGCCCAUUGCCAUAGGCCUACUUAGGAAAGUAUGAAGUCCUACCCAUGGUCAUUGUUAAGACACAAAGGAUUUAUUUUCGAGUGAUGAAGGUAAACAGAUGUUCAUGUUUCUCCAACAACACCACAAGUAAUAUUAUACCAUGUCUGUAGCUUUUGGAUAAAGGAGAUUCAUAUCCCAAGAUUGAUAAAUAUGACCUACAAUGAAUGUAUGAUUUGGAACUGGAAACUCUGUUUCCAACUGGACGUGCUAGUAUAGAAAUGCUGUAGAUAUACAUAUUUUGUAUAAAUGUAUAGUGGUUUUCCCCUAUGGAUGGGAAUAAAAUAUCAGCACAUUCCUAAAAUUAUUUUGUUAAGAUAAACUUUCAUUUGUAUUCUUUUCAAAUUUUGUAGAUGUAUUUGUUUUGUCUUGUUUUCUAUGACUUUGCAAAAGUGUCCAUUUUGAUAUGUACAUAUUAAUCAUUAUGUAAAUGUUAAGAACAUAUAUCCGUAUAUUUCUUUGAAAUGUAAAUAUCAAGAUUAAUUUUAUUUUGUACAAUACUGUGUAUAUAGAUGGAAAAGUUUACUUGUAAUGGGGACUAUCAAAUUGCAUUUUAGAUGUCAAAAGAAUUGUGACUUUAUACGACAACUGUUUGCAGGGAUUAAAAGUUUUCCGUCCUGUUUCAUCUACACUAUUGUCAAGUCCGUCCUGACACACAAGAUAGCAGCAACCCUUUAAUUUAUUUUCAAGUCAGACUCUUCAUUAUUUCUUCAACUGAACUUAGCAGAUGUAACAGGAUUUUGUCUUAAAACGUGGAUUGCCAAUUUGAAUCUUUUUAAUGAUUACAGUUAUAUUGAUAAAUGAGGAUCAGCCUCUCCCUGAAGAGGAGAAUCAAGCUUGAUAUUUUUGUUGUCACAGUCACUCCAAUGAGAGACUCCAGACUGAGCAAAUCUAUUACAUUACUUCCAAUUGACAUACCAUCAGUGGGUUUGGAGUCAGUUACAGUCAGUGAUAUUAUUGUAGCAUUAUAGUGAGCAGUAUGUUACUGCAUGGUGUCCUCCCCCGGAGUCUUUCUCUUUGUGUAUUCCAUGUUUAAAUUGAUGAAAUUCUCAUCCAUUUGUAUGCUGAGCCGUCCAAUAUAAUUUGCUGUGUGAAAUUGAUUUGAAGAAAUAUCUUUAUUUGCUAAUAAAUGUUAAUUGAAUUU